AACUAAUUUACUGUCCUUGGAAGAAAACAAUCCAACUGUAAAUAGGUUAAUAGUCUGACUUAGACAAUAAAUUAGUUCUAGUUCUAGAUCUAGAUAUCUAAAUCCAGAUAGAUCUAUAUCUAAUCAAUAAAAUUAGAUCUAUCUUCAUAGAUAUAAACAAUAAUGUCAAUUUUUUAUAAGUUUAACAGUUUUACGCAAAGUAUUUCUCCGGCAUCCCAAGACGUUGCAAUGGGUCGGCCAAUAACUCCACAGGCAUUUUCCACCAAUGUAACAAAGACCCCAGAAGUAUUUUAUGACUUUAAACCAUUAGAUGUACAAGCUCUUCCAACUAGACAGGCAUCAACAAAGGUAGCCAACUUAAAACCAGGACAGUAUCCUGUGCCAAACUCACCAGGCUUCAAAAGAUUGAUGGAGUUGCAGACCCUUUUUUGUGCCAAUGACGGGAAAUUAGUUUGGCAAAAGCUUCCUAAGGACAUGCCCAUGUAUUACUUGACAAUUGCAGGUGUUAUUGCUGGUGUAACCUGGAGUCUUUGGAACUUGAAGAAAUUUGCUUCACCACCCAGUAACAAAUAACUAGAACUACUGACUAGAAGUUUAAUGACAAUAAUUGACUUUGUUCACUGGCUAUGUUUAAGAGAUGUUUAUGACUUCAUUUUGAGUAGUUAAAAAUUAUAAUAAAAUGAUUGGUUUAUAAAUAGA